AUGCAAUGGAGGGAAUCUGAGGAGCGACUCCCAUUCCAGUCUGAGUGGGAAGCCUUCAAGAACUACAACCUCGGCCGUUGGAUGGGCAGGGCGCUGCAUAUCUCGCCACAAACUGGAGACUAUGUUCCACCCUUCGUCACUGAGCACUCCAUCGACGUGGUUCAACUAGAAGAAGGUCAGCAGUCGGCAAAGCAAAGACUUGUGGUUGGCAACGAGACUUCUCCCCGCCUUUCUGAGUCUGUGAUAACUGUCAACGAUGAAUUUCACUGUGCCGAAGAUGGCUCCUAUUCUUACGACAGCUCCUUGGUGUCGGUUCCUGAUGUCCCAGGAACUGCCAGGUUCUGCAUCGAAAUGUCUGUUGCGCUGUCGGAAGAAGAAAGGAUCCGAUGUCUAGCACUUUAUGACUUUGAAUCAAAGCUCAGCAGGAUUAUUUUAUAUGAAGAGAAGAGAUUUGUGAGCGUUGGUGCAAACAGGCUCAUAGGGAUCAAAUACUUUGAAGACAAUGUGCAGCCCACUCGUCCCCCUAUGACGUUCCUUUCACUUUUGGGGGAAUAUCGAGGAGAAGCAUUUGGAAGGGGAGUGGCAAGAUUAGGAGGAGGAAAGAUGACGUUUGCAGCACGAAGUGGGAAUCAAUGGGAUGGUACCCAGAAAUUUCGCAGGGAAAUGCAAGUUUUGGACGAGCGCAACAGAGUUGCAAGAAAGAUCUCUUGGAGUGAUGUCAACAGUCCAGUUGAAGAUUCGAUCAUCAUGGACGAUGGUUGCAAGCUUUUCAUGCUUCCAAGUGGAUGCUGGGUGUGUUUGCCAGAGAAGUUGGACAAGGUCAGCCUCGACAAAGUUGAAAAAGCAGAACCCGAUCAAUCAGGAGGCUCCAAGGGGGAUCCAGUGGAAGCGGUAAAGAAGGCACUUGAAGCAGCAUUCUCCACAGAAUCAGACAAAAAUGGAGACAAGUUGCCAGGCGUUCAAAGCUUCAGCGCUGAGUUUGGUUGCUUCUUCAAUGACAAGGAGCUUGUACGCACGAUUCGUAUGUACAACAAGGAUGGAAGAAUGGCCAGCACCACGACGUUAAGAGAGAAACGUGUUGAUAGUGAUGGUCAAAGUGCUGAGAAAUUCAGCUCUUUGUCUUACGACGAAUUCGAGCAACCCGAUUCAAAGUUCUGA